CAAGUCUGCUGGAACUGGAAUUAUAGACAGUUGUGAGCUGUCCUGUGUGUGUUGGGAAUUGAACCCGGGUUCUCUGGAAGAGCUCUUAACCACUGAGCCAUCUCUCCAGCCCUGCUGUGUUUUUAGAGACAAGGUCUCUCUAGGUAGUCCUAGCUGAACUGGUACUUGCUAAUGUAGACCACACUGCCUCCAGAGUGCUAGGCUUAAAGGCAUGUGCCACUAUACGCAGCUUGUUUUGUUUUGAGACAGGGCUUCAUGUAGCACAGGCUGGCCUUGAACGUGAUGUGUAAGGAAAGAUGACCUUGAACUCCUGAUUCUCUUAUCUCCAUCUCACAAGUGUUGGAUCACAUGUUACAGGUUUGCACCGUGCAGCAGCUUUCAGUAAAGAAUAUGCAGAAAAGUAUGAUGCUAAAAUGUAGGAGGAACUUAGUACUAAGACAAUUGAUGUCUUCAUUGGUCACCACUUUCUUCUGCUUUACCGUACAAGGAAUAUUGGUAAAUGUCUAUAAUCAUUAUUGAUUAAUUGACUGUGGUACUGGUUAAUUGGAACCUAGAGCUCUGUGUAUGCUAGGCGUCUACUUUAAUCACUGAGCUACAAUCCCAACCCCCUUUUCAACUUUUAUUCAUUUAUUUUUAAAGACCUGUUUCUUUUUCAUGAGUUAUUUGCCUGCAUGUACCUUUGUGGACUGUAUAUGCCUGGUGCCAGAAGGGGUCAGAAGAGGAGCUCCAUUCCCAUCUCAACCCUGGAACUGGAGUUACAGGUCCUUUGUGAGCCACCAUGUGGGUGCUGGGACCCAAACCUGGGUCCUCUGCAAGAGCAGCAAGUGCUCUUAACUGUUGAGCCAUCCCUCCAGUUCUCUUACUUUUUAUUUUGAAAUCGUCUAAAUGAAGUUGCUCAUGCUGAUGACCUUGAACUCACUCUGUAGUUCAGGCAGGCUUUGAACUUAAGAUCCUCCUGCCUCAGGCUCACCAGUAUCUGGGACUAUAGGUGUGUGUUAACAGCCCACCUUGUAACGAACCUGUUUAAAAGAACUAUGUUGUUCUUUUUAAAAAAUAAUUUUAUCCCUGGAUAAUGGUAGCACACACCUUUAAUCCCAGCACUCAGGAAGUAGAGGCAGGUGGAUCUCUGUGAGUCUGAGGCCAGCCUGGUCUACAGAGCUAGCUCCAGGACAACCAGGGCUACACAGAGAAACCUUGUCUUGACAAAGAGAAAAAAAGUAAGAAUGAAUGCUUUUGUCUCAAGUCAGGAGGUUAAGGAAGAAGCUGGCCAUCUUGGAAAUUCAGCGUCUUUAUUACCUAGUCAUGGCCCCUCUCCUUAUCUGUCUGCCUGCCAGGGAGUCUAACUCCUGGUCUCUCACAUUCGCUACCAAGCCAAGGGUGGUGCCAAACAUCAUUCCCACUAGAGUGUAAAGAAUCCUUACUAGAGGGGCUGGAGAGAUGGCUCAGAGGUUAAGAGCACUGGCUGCUCUUCCAGAUGUCCUGAGUUCAAUUCCCAGCAACCACAUGGUGGCUCACAAACAUCUCUGUAAUGAGAUCUGGUGCCCUCUUCUGGCGUGCAGUCAUACACGGAGGCAGAGCACUGUAUACAUAAAAAGUCCUCACUAGAGAGUCUGAGACGAGAGAAUUGCUUGGAAUUCUGCCUGAGCAAUAUAAAGGUGGGAGCAUCUUUAAUCCCAGCACUUGCAAGGCAGAGGCCAGCCCCGUCUACGGAGCAAGUUCCUGGACAGCCAGGACCACGAAGUGAGAACCAGUCUUUAAAAAAUAUAUCUAUCCAUCGAAGGCUACUACACCCUUUUCCUCCCUAGUAACACAAGCCAUGAGGGUUUACUAGUUAUUUUAAUAGUCUUGACAUUGAAAAUCCGGCCUGAGCUCGGGAGAUAAAGGAAAGGAGGAGGUAGGGGUUGGCCAUCCCAAAAGCAAAGCGACUGUAGUCGACUCAGCCCUUAGAGAGGAGGGGAAAAAAGGAACUACUGGAUUGCCUUCCGGUCCAGAACGGAACCCCGCCCCGCCAGGUUUCACGUGACCGGCAGCGCGGCGGAUAAACUACAACUCCCAGAGAGCCACGCGGCCGGCCGGCGUUACGCUUUCUCGCUGAUUGGUCACUAGGGAUAUUUGAAAGGAGGAGCUGGCGGGGAAAGCGAAGACUACCUUUCGGAUAUUUGGUGGAUCCUCCGACUGGAGGUUAGUCCUAGACGCGUAAAGAACGGCGACUUUGGGUGAAGUAAGGCUCGAAGGGUCUCGUGAGAGCGUGCUCAAGCCGAGGUGAAUGACGUUCCCGUUUCUGACCUCAGGGGAAACAGGGCGGCUCUGCGGAGGCUCGGGGACCCCUCCAAAGGCUUGGUCGGCGCCCGGGGGCCUGCGGAGACCUCUGGGGUGCCUCGGUGGGAACAGGAGGACAAGGGGCGGCCUGGAGGAAGAAAGCGUGUACACGGUAGUUCACGGCGGGAGCCCAGCGUCUGGGCAUGGUCCCCACCCACCCCAUAGGAUUUGUGGUGGGGUUCUUUUCCUGCUUCGAUCCCUUGAACACUGCUACAACCCUCAACCCCCUCUUUCCUCCACUUAUUUCCAUGACAAAUCUUCGCAGCCUUCUACAGUUCAUUUCCUUUUCUCUAGCCUUUGCCAUGAGGAACUUCAAAGGCGUCAACUUCGCGACUCUGCUAUGCAGCAAGAAGGAGGCCCAGAAGCUGCUGCCUGACUUGAAGGAGUUCCUGUCCAGAUCCCGAACUGAUUUUCCCAGCGGCCGCUGUGAUGCUGAAAGAAGACAGAUCUGUGACACCAUCCUGAGGGCUUGCAACCAGCAGCUGACUGCCAAGCUCGAUUGCCCUGGGCAUCUGAGGAGUCUGCUGGACCUGGUGGAGCUGGCCUGUGAUGGCUAUUUGUCGUCUACCCCACAGCGCCCUCCCCUCUAUCUGGAACGCAUUCUUUUCAUCUUACUUCGGAAUGGUUUGGCUCAGGGAAGCCCAGACUCUGUGCUCUGCCUUGCCCAGCCUCUCCAUGCCUGCUUGGUACAGAGCUCUCGAGAGGCUGCCCCCCAGGACUAUGAGGCCGUGGCUCGGGGCAGUUUCUCUCUCCUUUGGAAGGGGGCAGAAGCUCUGUCAGAGCGGCGAGCGGCAUUCUCCACCCGGCUGAAGGCCUUGAGUUUCUUAGCACUCUUGGAGGACGACAGCGUCCCCUGUGAGGUUCCCCACUUUGCCUCUCCAACAGCCUGUCGGGUGGUGGCUGCCUAUCAGCUGUUCGAUGCUAGUGGACAAGGUCUAGAUGAAGCAGACGCUGACUUCCUGUAUGACCUGCUCUCUAGGCAUGUGAUCAGAGUCUUAGUAGGUGAAGGGGGUAGCCCUCCUGGGCCUCUUUCUCCCCAGAGGGCCCUCUGCCUCUUGGAACUCACCUUGGAACACUGUCGUCGCCUCUGCUGGAGCCGCCACCACCGCAAGGCCACCAGCGCGGUGGAGGAGGCUCGUGGUCACCUCGAGAAGAGCGGUGUGGCCCCUAGCCUCCAGUUAUGCCAGGUGGGGGUUGAGCUGCUCGAGGCCGCGGAAAAAAGACCAGGGGCAGUGGCCCAGCUUCUGACGAAGGCAUCGGCUCUUCUGAGCAGCAGUCUGGAGGCACCACUGCCCCCGCUUCGGGCACUGUAUGACAGCUGCCAGUUCUUCCUUGCCGGCCUGGAGAGAGGCAGCAAGAGGCACUACGGGCUCGAUGCCAUAUUGAACCUCUUUGCUUUUCUUGGAGGGUACUGCUCCCUUGUCCGGCAGCUUCGAGAUGUCUGUGAUGUUCCCUCCAAGCAGCAGCAGUCUUUGCUUCAGAUGUACUUCCAGGGUCUUCACCUCUUCACCGGGAUGGUUUACGACUUUGCUCAAGGCUGUCAGGCAGCAGAGCUGGCCCAGCUAGUGGAGAGUUGCAGGUGUACUGUUGUCUGGAUGCUGGAGGCCCUGGAGGGCCUGUCGGGCAGAGAGCUGACUGACUGUCUGGGGAUGACCGCCUCCUACAGCAGCAACUUGGCCUUCAGCUUCUUCAAUCACAAGCUCUAUGACGAGGCCUGUGCCGUCUCGGAGCCGGUCUGUCAGCACUUGGGCUUGGCAAAGUCAGGUGCUUGUCCUGAGGUGCCUCCCGAGAAGCUGCAUAGGUGCUUCCGGCUGCAUGUGGAGAGUUUGAAGAAACUGGGUAAACAGGCCCAGGGCUGCGAGAUGGUGACCUUAUGGCUGGCGGCUCUACGACCUUACAGCUUUGAACACAUGACCGAGCCAGUCACUUUCUGGGUCCGGGUCAAAAUGGAUGCAGCCAGAGCAGGAGACAAAGAUCUCCAGCUGAAGACUUUGCGAGACAGCUUGAGUUGUUGGGACCCAGAGACACAGGUUCUGCUGCUGAGGGAGGAGCUGCGAGCCUACAAGGCAGUGCGGGCUGACACUGGGCAGGAACGCUUUAACGUCAUCUGUGACCUGCUGGAGCUCAGCCCUGAAGAGACGGCCUCGGGAGCCUGGGCCCGAGCUACCCACCUGGUGGAACUGGCGCAGGUGCUGUGCUACCACAACUUUGCCCAGCAGACCGACUGCUCUGCCUUGGAUGCUAUCCAGGAAGCCCUGCAGCUUCUGGAGUCUGUGAGGCCUGAGGCACAGGAGCAGGAUUGCCUUCUGGACGAUAAAGCACAGGCCUUGUUAUGGCUCUACAUCUGUACCUUGGAGGCCAAAAUUCAGGAAGGUAUUGAACGGGAUCGGAGAGCCCAGGCCCCUACUAACAUGGAGGAGUUUGAAGUCAAUGACCUGAACUAUGAAGAUAAACUUCAAGAAGAUCGUUUUCUGUACAGUAACAUUGCCUUCAACCUGGCUGCCGAUUCGGCUCAGUCCAAAUGCCUGGACCAAGCCCUGGCCCUGUGGAAGGAAGUGCUUACAAAGGAGCCGGGCCCAGCUGUGCGGUGUCUCCAGCAGACUGCAGCUUCCCUGCAGACCCUCGUGGCCCUCUAUCAGCUGGUGGCAAAGCCCCUGCAGGCUCUGGAGACCCUCCUGCUCCUUCAGACUGUAUCUAAGAGACUACAGGACCAUGCAAAGGCCGUCAGCGCUUCCUGCCAGCUCACCCAGCAACUCUUGAGCCUCGGCUGUCCCAGCUAUGCCCAGUUAUACCUGGAAGAGGCAGAAUCAAGCCUGAAGAGUCUGGACCAGACUACUGACACAUACCAGCUCCUUUCCCUGACCUGUGCUCUGCUUCGAAGUCAACUCUGCUGGGCCUACCAGAAGGUGACUGAGGGUGUUUCUCUACUGCUUUCUGUCCUUCGCGAUCCUGCCCUUCAGAAGUCAUCCAAGGCUUGGUACUUGCUCCGUGUUCAGGCCCUGCAAAUCCUGGCUUUCUACCUUGGCCUCUCAUCGAACAUUCUCUCAAGUGUCCUGCGUGAGCAGCUCUGGGAUCAAGGCUGGCAGACCCCUGAGACAGCACUCAUAGAUGCCCACAAGCUCCUCCGAAGCAUCAUCAUCCUGCUUAUGGGUGGUGAUGUGCUCUCAAUUCAGAAAGCAGCUUUGGAGUCACCCUUUCUGGACUAUGGUGAAAAUCUGGUGCAGAAGUGGCAGGUUCUCACAGAGGUGCUGAGCUGCUCGGAGAAGCUGGUGGGCCGCCUGGGCCGUCUGGGGAGUGUGAGUGAAGCCAAGGCCUUUUGCUUGGAGGCCCUGAAACUUACAACCAAGCUGCAGAUACCUCACCAGUGUGCCCUGUUCCUUGUACUGAAGGGUGAGCUGGAACUGGCCCGAGGUGACAUUGACCUGUGUCAGUCGGACCUUCAGCAGGUUCUGUUCCUGCUUGAGUCUUCCACAGAGUUUGGUGGGGUGACCCAGCACCCAGACUCUGUGAAGAAGGUCCACACGAAAAAAGCGAAGCAGCAGGCUCAAGUCCCCAGCUCCCCACAGCCACCAGAGGAGGAACCCUUCCUCAGGGGCCCUGCCCUGGAGCUGGUGGCCACCGUGCUCAAAGAACCUGGCCCUAUUCAACCCUCUACAAACUCCUCCCCAGUCCUGAAAACCAAGCCCCCACCCAACCCUGGCUUCCUGUCCCACUCACCCACCUGUGACUGCAUGCUGUGCGCCAGUCCCGUCCUCUCGGCCGUCUGUCUGCGCUGGGUGCUGGUCACUGCAGGAGCGAAGCUGGCCAUGGGUCAUAAAGCCCAGGGUCUGGAUCUACUGCAGGCUGUGCUGAAGGGUUGCCCUGCAACCACCAAGCGCUUCACACAAAACCUUCAAGCGUCACUGAAACUCAGAACACCCCCCUCUUGUGUCCCAAGCCUCUUUGAUGAGCUCAUGGCUCAAGUGUACACACACUUGGCACUGCAGUGCCUGAACCAGACAUCGGAAAAGAACUUGGGAAAGGUCCUGGCAUCAGGGCUGAAGUUUGUGGCCACACGGAUACAAUACUUGGAGUUCUGGCAAGCCAACCUGCUCUUGGUUCAGGCCCUUGCAAAGCUGGCCAGCUUCAGCUGCUGUACUUCUCAGCUUUUUGCACGCACCUGGGGCUGGCAGCCACCAUUAGUAAAAAGUCCCACAGUCUUAGAACCCUCUAAGAUUCGGAGACAAAAAUGCUCUGGACGAGGGCGUCGGCAGACAGCCUCUGCUCCCUCACCCCUCCAUAAUAUCUCUCAGAAAGGUCUGGAAGAGGAUGGGCCACCCUGUACUCCUAAGCCCCCAGGCCGGGCUAAGGCUGGCCCUCGUGUGCCUUUCACCAUAUUUGAAGAAGUCCAUCCUACAAAAAGCAAACCUGAGGUCCCCUUGGCACCCCGUGUGCGGAGGAGGGUCCAGACACGCCUCAAGGUGAACUUCAGUGAUGACAGUGACCUGGAAGACCUUGUCUCAGCUGAAGCACAACUUGUAGAGCAACCGAAGAGAAGAGGGACUGCUUCCCGGGGCCGGGGCCAGAGUAGAAAGGACCCAAGCUCGAAGACAGAUGCAGUAGUUGCCACAGGUGGUGCCCCUGGACACCCCAGUCUCGGUGGUAGGGGUCGUCGUGCCAAGAAGGCGGCAUCAAGACACUGUGAAGGAGAGAGUCCCGAGACGGGCCUCUGUGCCCGGGCUCGCCUGGGACCCGAGGUCAUGAGGACUAUCCCUGAAGAGGAACUAGUGGACACCCAGCUGGAAAUGAGCUUUGAAACUCUGAGGGGUUCCGACGGGGAAGACUCAGCGUCAGGUGAGAAGGCAUCAGCUGCAGGCCCUGGCCUACCCAUAGGAGAAUGUGAGGUGCUGAGACGGGACUCCUGCAAGGCAGAACCGCCUGUCCUGUACCCUGACAAGGAGGCCGAUGGUGACCCUAGUCCUUGGCUCCCGUCCCUCUCAGUCCCUGUACCCAUUGAUCUUCCUACCCUGGAUUCCAUCUCCGACUCACUGAGCAUCGCUUUCCGAGGUGUCAGUCACUGCCCUCCAAGUGGGCUCUACGCCCACCUCUGCCGAUUGUUGGCUUUGUGCCUGGGUCACCGGGAUCCCUGUGCCACUGCAUUCCUUGUUGCUGAGUCUGUCUCCAUCACUUGUCGUCACCAGCUGCUCACCCAUCUGCACCGACAGCUCAGCAAGGCGCAGAAGCAGCAAGGAUCACCUGGUCUGGCAGAGCAUCUGCAGGGGCUGAACCUGAGGGAGAGGCCCGGAGAUGUGCCCCUGGCCCGCAUCCAGCGCCUCUUUUCCUUCAAGGCUUUGGGGUCUGGCUACUUCCCCCAGGCAGAGAAGGACAGUUUUCAGGAGUGCCUGGCUCUGAUCCCCAGUGGGGUGACUGUCUGUGUGUUGGCCCUGGCCACCCUCCAGCCUGGAACCUUGGGCAACACUCUCUUAUUGACCCGCCUGGAAAAAGACAACCCCCCAGUUACUGUGAAGAUUCCCACUGCCCAAAACAAGUUCCCACUAAGCUCUGUUCUGAAAGAGUUUGAUGCUAUCCAGAAGGACCAGAAAGAAAACAGCAGCUGUACUGAGAAGCGAGCAUGGUGGACGGGGAGGCUGGCACUAGAUCAGAGGAUGGAGGAACUCAUCACCUCCCUAGAGGAGCAUGUGCUUGGCUGCUGGCGGGGUCUGCUGCUGCCGUCCAGUGCAGACCCUGGCCCUGCCCAGGAGGCCUCCCGUUUACAAGAGUUGCUGCAGGAAUGUGGUUGGGAAUAUCCUGACUCCACUCUUCUAAAAGUCAUUCUUAGUGGUGCCAGAACCCUCACCAGCCAGGAUGUUCAGGCCUUGGCAUAUGGGCUGUGCCCAGCCCAGCCAGAGCGUGCCCGAGUGCUCCUGAGUGAGGCAGUUGGACGGGUACAGAGCCAGGAGGCCCCUGCCAGUCAGCAUCUUGUACUGGUGCUAGACAAGGACCUGCAGAAGCUGCCGUGGGAAAGCAUGCCCAGCCUCCGAGCACGACCUGUCACCCGGCUGCCCUCCUUCUACUUCCUACUCAGUUAUUCUAUCACCAAAGAGGCUGGGGCCUCGUCGGUGCUGAACCAAGGUGUGGAUCCACGGAAUACCUUCUAUGUCCUAAACCCUCACAGUAACCUGUCAAGCACAGAGGAGAGAUUUCGAGCCAGUUUUAGCAGUGAGGCUGGCUGGAAAGGAGUGGUUGGGGAAGUGCCAAGCCUUGCGCAGGUGCAGGCCGCCCUGACAGAGCGUGACUUGUAUAUCUAUGCAGGGCAUGGAGCUGGGGCCCGCUUCCUCGAUGGGCAGGCUGUCCUGCGGCUGAGCUGCCGGGCAGUGGCCCUGCUGUUCGGCUGUAGCAGUGCAGCCCUCGCUGUGCAUGGAAACCUGGAGGGGGCUGGUAUCGUGCUCAAGUACAUCAUGGCUGGCUGCCCCUUGUUUGUAGGUAAUCUCUGGGAUGUGACUGACCGUGACAUUGACCGUUACACAGAGGCUCUGCUGCAGGGCUGGCUAGGAGCAGGCCCAGGGGCCCCCCUUCUCUACUACGUCAGCCAGGCCCGCCAGGCUCCUCGACUCAAGUAUCUUAUUGGUGCUGCACCUGUAGCCUAUGGCCUACCUGUCUCUCUACAAACACCCUGAAGCUGUCUUAUCUAUGGUAGAAGCUAUGUGACUAUCUACCUCCCAACUUAGUUUUAACUAUUUAUAGAAUUUUUAAAGUGAUUUUCCCUGGUGUUUUGUAUGAAGUGUUUCCUUUUAAUGUGACCUUAAUAAAGAUAUACUAAGCCUCA